UGGCUGCAGACACUCAAAAGUCGAUUGAAAACGAAAACAUUUCCAUCAAUUCAUGAUUAUCUCCGGUGUUUAGCAAAAAUUUCGUGUUUCAGUGCAAAAUGAUCAAUCUAUCACGUUUCGCAAAAUAUCUGGACCGAUUAUCGAUGGUCAACAAUGGUGCCAAAAAUCUGGCACCAACAUUAUCGGCUAUGAAUAACUUGUCUGUUGAGCAACGGCGUUUUGCUAAAAAAUGGUAUCCAGACAAACAAUACUUUCAAGAAUUUGAAGACGAAUGCUUUUUAGUUCAACAAGAAUAUCCUGGAAAAAUUUCAAGAAAUGUCACUAGAUUAAAUCCUCAAAUGAGAUUUCGAAACGUUGUAAUCAAUUUUGGUCCACAACAUCCAGCUGCACACGGUGUGUUAAGAUUGGCUCUUGAACUUCGUGGUGAAUAUGUAAUUCGUGCUGAUCCUCAUAUCGGUCUUCUUCACAGAGGAACCGAAAAACUAAUGGAAUAUAAAACAUAUACGCAAGCUUUGCCAUAUAUGGAUCGGCUUGAUUAUGUAUCAAUGAUGACUAACGAACAAUGUUAUGCUUUGGCAAUCGAAAAAAUGUUGAAUAUUAGAGCACCAAAACGAGCACAAUAUAUUCGAGUUUUAUUUGGUGAAAUAACUAGGAUUUUAAAUCAUCUAAUGGCCAUCGGUACUCAUGCUCUUGAUGUUGGUGCAUUGACACCAUUCUUUUGGCUUUUCGAAGAACGAGAAAAAUUGAUGGAAUUUUAUGAACGAGUAAGUGGUGCCAGAAUGCAUGCUGCAUAUGUUCGUCCUGGAGGGGUAUCCCAAGAUUUACCAAUCGGCCUUAUGGAUGAUAUAUACACAUGGGCAUUAAAUUUUGUCCAACGUGUUGAUGAAAUAGAAGAUUUGCUUACCGAAAGCCCUAUCUGGAAGGAUCGUACUGUUGAUAUUGGUAUCGUUUCGGCUGAAGAUGCUCUAAAUUUUGGUUUCAGUGGUGUCAUGUUACGAGGUAGUGGAAUCAAAUGGGAUCUACGUAAAACUCAACCAUAUGAUUCGUAUGAAGAAUUCGAUUUUGAUGUGCCCAUCGGUAUCAAUGGUGAUUGUUAUGACAGAUACCUGUGCCGCAUGCACGAAAUGCGUCAAUCAAUCCGUAUAAUCAACCAAGCAUUGAAUAAUAUGCCACCAGGUGAAAUCAAAAUUGAUGAUAACAAAAUUGUGCCACCAAGUCGUGCAGAAAUGAAAAAUUCAAUGGAAGCUCUUAUCCAUCAUUUCAAAUUGUUCACCGAAGGUUAUCAAGUUCCAGCUGGUUCAACCUAUACUGCAAUCGAAGCUCCGAAAGGUGAAUUCGGAUUGUAUAUCGUUAGCGAUGGCACAUCGCGGCCAUAUCGAUGCAAAAUUAAAGCACCUGGAUUUGCUCAUCUUGCCGCUCUUGAUCAUAUCGGUAAAAACCUUUUCCUUGCCGAUAUUGUCGCCAUCAUAGGUACACUGGACAUUGUGUUUGGUGAAGUUGAUAGAUAGACAAUUAAAGUUGUUUUGUGUUGUAUAAAGUGAGAAAUAUUAAAAAAUCAAAUUUUAUCUAAUUAUUAAAAUAGUUUUUAUUAUUA